GCCUAUGGGGACAGCAUGCGUAAAGUUUUGCAUGUGGGCCCUGAUACUUGUUAUGUGGUCUCCAAAUUGUUAAAAGAAAAGGUAACUGAAGCAUGGGGUGUGGAACCAUAUGACAUAGAGGACGCUGAUGGAAACUGCAAGAAUCUUGUGCGAAAAGGCAUUGUGCGCAUGGCUGAUGUCAAGCUUCCUCUACCUUAUAGAGCAAAAUCUUUUUCUCUAGUUAUUGUGUCAAAUGCUUUGGAUUACCUGUCUCCAAAAUACCUAAACAAGACUCUUCUAGAAUUUGCAAGGGUGUCUGUUGAUGGUCUUGUUAUUUUCACAGGUCACCCUGGUCAACAGAGAGCUAAAGUUGCUGAGUUAUCCAAAUUUGGACGGCCGGUUCGAGUCCAGCCAGAGAUACUGAAACUCAUGAGCGUCGUUAGGGACUUUCCCGGAAAGGAGGUUGUGAGCGACGUUGAGAACUUGGAGAUUCGUGAGGUUGAAAAUGGAGGGUGGGAGAUUUUCGGAGAGGUAGUAGUUGAAAAGAUGAAGAAGAUAAAUGAGAAAGGGAUAGGACUAAGGGACUAA